GCACUCCUUCGUCAACUUCUCUCGUCUACUACGACAACUUGAGCCACGUAGCUCGUCCUCUGACGUAUCGUACGUCGAACGCACAUUCAUUUCAACAGAAUUCACCAAAGUACUUUAGUCAUUCCUUCAGACGAAACUCGAGCUUCUGUCAAUCUUUAAUUCGAAAAUGCCUUCUCUCAACGCCCUUAGCACGGCGCUCCUGGCCUGUGCCGGAAGUGCUGUUGCCACUCAGUUUACCUUGGCCGAAACCUACGACCACACCAACUUCUUCCAGAAGUUUACUUUCACUGACGAUGCCGAUACCAACGCUGGCUUUGUGACUUACCAGAACCUGGCCAAUGCUCAGGCACAAGGCUUGGCCAAGAUCACCAGCAACAACGAAGUCUACCUCGGAGUUGACUACAAGACCGUCCUCAAGGGUUCCGGAUUCCCUGGCCGUAACUCCCUGAGACUCGAGUCCACAGCCUCUUACAAGCACGGCCUCAUCGUUGCGCGAUUCACUCACCUGCCCGCCAACAAGUGCGGCAGCUGGCCGUCUUUCUGGACUCUUGGUGACAACUGGCCCAAUGGUGGAGAGAUCGACGUGUACGAGGGCUGGAACAACAUCCUCGACAACCAGCCUGCCUUCCACGUUGGCAGCUCACGCCAAUUUGGCCAGUGCAUCCUCCAGAGUGCCGGCCAGACGUCUCCCGUUGUUACCAGCAACUGUGACAACACUUUCUCGAGCCCUCCCAGCCAGUACCAGAACCAGGGUUGCACUACCGCCGACAGCACCGGUCCUUGGGCCUCUCCCAGCGGUGGUACCUAUGCCAUUGAGUGGACCAGCGACUACAUCAAGCUGUACAACUGGGCCCGAGGCGCUGAGCCUUCCAACCUGGCUUCGUCCAGCCCCGAUACUGCUACUUGGGGCACUCCUGCGGUCAGCCUGCAGAACUCCAACUGCAACAUCGACAGCCACUUCGCCAGCCAGCGCCUCAUUCUCGACAUCGACUUCUGCGGCAACCCCGUUGGCACUCCCGCCUUCUGGCAGCAGAGCUGCGCUGCCACUACUGGCCAGGGUACUUGCGCUGACUACGUCUCCAAUUUCCCCGGUGACUUCGCCGAGUCCUACUUCCAGAUCCAGGACAUUCGCUACUUCAGCCAGAGCACUGCCAAGCCUACCACUUCCAAGGCCUCUUCUACCUCCAAGGCUGUUUCUACCUCCAAGGCUGUNUCUACCUCCAAGGUCGCUGCUACCUCCAAGGCUGUUUCUACCUCCAAGGCCGCUGCUACCUCCGAGGCUGCUUCAUCCUCUGCUGUUGUCGUUCCCACCUCUGUGAUCUCCAGCCAGUCUGCUGCCGCCGGCUCCUCUGUCCCUGCUGUUACCGGUACUGUCGUCGCCACCAGCCGAUGGAGCAACUCCUCUGUCACUGCUACUGGUGCGGGCUCUGCCAUCUCUUCCGCUCCUCAGAUGACCACCUCGACCGUCUUCACCACUCACGUCCACACCAUCUCUCAGUGCCCUCCUGAGGUUACCAACUGCCCGUUCCGCCCCACCGUCACUACCGAGACCAUUGCUCUGUACACGACCAUCUGCCCUGUCCUGGCUGCCGAGUCUAGCUCUGAGCUGGCUGCUCACACCACUGCUGCUCCUGCUCCUCCUGCUGGCUCAGCUGGUGUUCCCAGCGGUCCUGAGACCAUCACCACUGACAUCACCCGCGUUUACACCAUCACCAGCUGCGCUGCUGAUAUCACCAACUGCCCUGCUCGCGUUACCACUGAGGUUGUUCGCACUUCUUUCCCUGCUGGCCAGCAGACCGGUGUUCCUGUGGCGCCUUCUUCUCCCGCCAACACUGUCAUUCCCGCUGUUCCCAUUGCUCCCAGCAAUGCUCCUGGCAGCUCUCCUGCUAGCACUGUCAUUCCUGCUGUUCCCAUUGCUCCCAGCAACGCUCCUGGCAGCGCCCCCAGCGUUGUCCCCGUUGUCCCUGUUGGUGCUCCUUCCAACGUUCCUAGCGCCCCGGGAUCUGGCCCCGUCAACACCUGGGCAUCCAGCAUCGUGGGUGUGCCCACUCCUGUAGGCACUGGCGGCAGCUCUGCUGCUACCGGCAACCCUCCCAUCCCUGUUUCCAGCGGCCUGGGUGGCUGCACUGGCGCUGACUGUCUCCCUCCCGUCGGCAACGGCGCUGUGCGCACCGGCAUGAGCACUCUUGCUCUUGUUGGUGCCCUAGCUGCUAUGCUAUUGUAAGUAGUAUGAUUCUAUAGUAAGAAAGAAGGGGGGAUUAGGGGGAAGUGGAUUUAGGAUGAAGAUGUAAUUAUAAUGCAGGACAGUCUAAUUAAGGCGUUUUGUUGGAUUAUUCAAGUGCCCCCAUAUUGCAUAUGGAUGGACGUACAUAUACACACAUAGAGUUGGAUCAAAGGAUCUUGUCAUACUGGUAGUAACCUUCUUAAAAAUUUCUUUUAUCAUUUUUUAUGAAGAACACGCCCAAUAGCCUAAGAUUCUUGAUCCAUUAUGUUGUAUUUCGUACUAUGAUGUAACUAAAUCUCCAACCGUCAGUUAAUACAACGUUAGUUCUCAACAACAGCA